UUCUCAAUACCAUAAAUACCUUCAAAACUAUUUAUUUGAAGUUUUUCAAUACAUUUUAAUAUUUGUAGCUACUUUAAGUUAAUACUUGCAGUCAACUUUUGCAAUAUGUUAGGAGAUAAAGCAGAUUGCAUUCUUUAUUUCACUUGUCACAUUAUUUUACAUUAUGAAGCUUACCGUAGUCCCCUAGAACAGUUGAGUCAGUCACAUGUUCAUUGUAAAGAGCACACAAGAGAAAGUGGGAACUGUUGAGUCCAUAGCAUUCUAUUGGCGAGUCUCUGUUGUGCAGCACACAUUAGGUGAUGAAGUUAAACUUGUAUGCAAUUCACUACCAAAGGUUUGCCAUGUUUUAGAAGUCAAAGAACUCUGUUACCUGAGUUACAUAUACAGCUGCCAUUUUCCCCCCUGUGCUCUCUACUAGAGUUUUUCCUCCCCUCUGCUCAGUGUACACAUGCUGCGCUUCCUUCAGAAAAGCAUGGAUAAAGGAUCAAGUCUACUUCUGGAGAAACCCUGACAAGGGAGGUCCUGCUCCUCCUCUCCAUGGCAGACGCAGGAGGGAUACCGCUUACUUCGAUCCACCCCCGUCUGACCAAUGCUCUACAACCAGCGCCUCAUCGGCUUCCAUUGGUAGUUUUUUAUUCAACGAGAGACUGGACGGACGGAAGGGCGGAGGUGGCCGCAGGCACGCGCAUCGACGAGAUGCCGCACCCGACGGGUUUCUUCUCUAUAGUGUACCAGUGCAGCUGAGCAGGUAAACCUCCAUUCUUCAUGAUGCCUAAUCGCACCGGGCAGGGCACCGUCAAAGCAGUUAUCCUGCUCCAUUCAGCUCCAACUAAAGAUGCCACCAGAGGCUCCCAGGAGGAGGCAGUAGAGGUGCUGCAGCCUGUGAGGUUUGAGUCUGGCCAGGAGAGAGCAGCAGCAGGCAGGCUGACGGCACAGGAGCUUCUGGAGACAGAGCAGGAGCUGGGCACCGUCUUCACCUUCUGCUCAGCGCUGGACACAGCCCUGGGAGGGGGCCUGCCGGUGGGGAAGACCACUGAGGUCUGCGAGACGCCUGGAGUGGGAAAGACCCAGCUCUGCAGGAGGCCUUGAAGGAGCUGACUGUGGAAACAAUCUUUUCCACCCUCGUCCUCGUCCGUUACCAUGACUACGUGGAGCUGUUGGCGGAGAUGUAUCUCCUGGCUGACUUCCUGGCUCAGCACCCUGAGGUCCAGCUGGUGGUGAUUGACAUCAUUGCCUUCCUGUUCCACCAUUGCUUUGAUGACCUCUCCCAGAGGACCCGCCUCCGGAACAGCCUCGCCCAGCAGCUCAUCCAGAUGGCCACCAUUCGCAAUGUCGCAGUAUGACCUGACAUUGUCCACCUUGCUGCCUCACCAGACUUUCACUAAUGUCUUCUCCAUCGUCUGUAUUCUUAACCCGUCUUCCUUUUAUCUGGUGAUAACUAUUUUCUAGGCCUGAUAAAACACAUUUAAAGGAGCAAUAACAACCAAGAAGAGUCCAGUUAUAACCACAUCCUCCCAUCAUUUAUAGAGCCUAUCUACCUACUCCCUAUUGUAAACUACUAUAAUGUAUAGAGCCAUAACUGAGCCAUCCUUCCAAGCCCAACCAAAACUAUGCUCACCAGACUUGCGUUGUGUCUCUCUGUCUCUACUCAGUAUUUACAACGUCCCAUCUCUGGUCCCAAUCCAACCGCGCAUCUAGACUAAGCACUCUCAUUCCAAGAGAUAAAAAGGCUCUUAUUGGUGCAAUGCUGAUUUAAGCGGCCAGGUAGAUUGGGAUCUAAAUGGAAUGGCCGCUCCAUGCCAGGAUGGCGCUGCACAGUUUUUAAUCAGCAAAAUAGUUAUCUUAUGAGCCCUGGAGCAAAUUCACUUUGUUCUAGUAAUUUGUUGGUUGGCGGCACUCAGGGACCCCUUGGAGGACACACAGGAGAAACAACAAAGCCGGUGGACAGAACAACCUGUUCCAAUUUGAGCGGGGGCCCCUAGGGGUCCAUGGAGGUACUGCAGGGGGUCAGCGAUGUUAGUUUAGUUUUCCUUUUCCAAUUAUAAUGUGGGGAGGUCAAAAUAAUGAAAUACUGUCUACCAAAUCUUUUCAUAAAAAAAAUGGUCAUUACUUCUCCUUGCCAUUUAUCACUCACCUGAUGACAAGACAAGGCAUGUGAUUUUUUUUUGGUGGGCUAAGGUAGGAUGGGGGUCCCUGGGUCGCCGGUUUGCCUGGGAGGGGGUCCCUGGACAAGAAAAGAUUGAAGUCAUACCAGUAAUGAUCCUCUGAUUGUGGAGAGCUGGAGUUCUUUUCUGCUGCUCUGCUGUAGAGAGGGAGAGUAUGACUCAUCCUGAUGCAAGCCCACAGGACCUGUCUCUAUGUUUGCUGAGUACAUUCCUACUGUAUGUCUACCAAUACCUAAGUCCACAAAACCUAUUAUUGUGUUACUCGGUUCCCAAGUCCACAUAAUAACCUAGUCUAAAUGCCAUCUCCAAUGUCGUCUCUGUCUGAAAUGACAAUACAGCAUCCCGGCUGUAUUGCUGAUGGAUGGAGCAUCAACACAUAGGCAGGAAAUUAUAAACACUACACAAUAAUUUUGGGUCCCCCAGCCUCACAGCUGUAAGGGACAGCAAUUGAAGUGGAAAAAAGAGGGUGCCACUAAUGUUUUGUUAAGGAGGGAUGUGUUUUAUUCAUCACCAAACUCUUCUUUUCUCAGAACAUACCACUGCAUCAAUGAGACUGAAGAGGACUUUUAACCUUUACUUUUUCUCUCAGGGUGAAAUGAUUAACACAAUAAAUUUUGCCUGUUGUCUUGUU